AUCCAGAUCCCCCCCCAGACGGAGGAGGUUCAUUGGCUGAACUUCUCCCCGGUGGAGGGUCACUUCUACCACCGGCAGCACGAGGUGUGUUCCCAUGAUGCACUGCUGCAGCUCAGGAAGGUCUCUGAUUGGAGCCUGAAGCUGGGCAGUCUGGACCGGCGCAGCGUUCAGAACAUCCUGAACCCGCUGCUGAGGCUGAGGCAGGCGUGCUGCCACCCGCAGGCCGUCAGGGGCGAGUUCCUGCCGCUGCAGAAGAGCACCAUGACGAUGGAGGAGUUGCUGAAGUCUCUGCAGAAGAAAUGUCGAGUGGAGUGUGAAGAAGCUCACAGACAGCUGGUGUGUGCUCUCAAUGGACGAGCAGGCAUACACAUCAUCAGAGGAGAGUAUUUGGAGGCCGUGGAGAUGUACAGAGAAGUGCUUCGAUCCUCAGAGGAACACAAAGGACGCCUGAAGACCGACUCACUGCAGAGACUUCAUGCGACCCACAACCUGAUGGAGCUGCUGAAAGCAAAGCAUUCUGGGAUACCUCCGACGCUGAGAGACGACCGACUCAGUGACGAGGCAGAGCAGCUGAGACGGCAUUAUAUGACUAAAUACGACUCUGAGGUUUCCGACGCUCUGCAGGCGCUGCAGCCGGUUCUGCAGAGCAUCAAGGAGCUGAGACGCAAAGUGAAGCAGAACUCCCCCUGGUGGCUGGAGGUGGUGCAGCGGGCGGUUCGAUGCUCCACCGAUGACGAGCUGGUUUCUCGUAUCAAGAACGAUCUGACGUCGAGCUACAAGCAGCAGGCCAGCAAACUCAGCAUGGCAGACAAGUUCAGGGACGCUGUGGGUCUUCAGCUCCUCCUCACCUCUCAGAUCCAGGACCUGAUGAAGAGCCAGAAGACGGUUCAGGACGCCGUGAAGAAGCUGGAGGGCCCGGCGUCGCGAGAGGUCAUCGAGGAGGUCACCAUCUGCCACCUGAGACCCCAGAGACUACCUCUAAACACUUGUGUUUUCUGCAAGGCCGAUGUGCUCUUCACUGACUACGAGUCCAAGCUGUUUUCACACACGGUGAAGGGUCAGACGGCGAUCUUCGAGGAGAUGAUCGAGGACCAGGAGGGGGGUCUGAUGGACGACCGGCUGCCCACCACCAGCAGAGGAUUGUGGGCCGCCAGCGAGACGGAGAAAAGCCUGAAGGCAAUCCUCGCCUUCGCCAAACUGAAGCGCCUCGAUAACGAUCUGCUGGAGGAAGGAACCACCUUCAUGGAGCUGCUCGAGUGCUGGAAGAAGGAGUACAAGGUGUUGCACGAGUACUGGAUGGUCCUCAGGAAUCACGUGUCGGCCAUCGAUGAACUCGGCAUGGCGACGGAAAGACUUCGAGUUCGUCUUCCUGAUGAACCCAAACCCAAACUGCUGCACAUCAUCGAGCCCCACGAGGUGGAUCAGAACCAGCAGAAGCUUCUGAACGACCAGGCGCUCGCUAAGUCUCAGCUGCAGAAGAAGCUGGGCCAGGUGCUCUACCUCAACAACCUGGAGAAGUCGCAGGACAAAUCCAACGAAGAGCUGAACCCCGAGCCGUGUCCCAUCUGUGCCCGGCCCCUGGGAAAGGAGUGGGCGGUGCUCACCUGCGGACACUGCUUCUGUAACGAGUGUAUCUCCAUCAUGGUGGAGCAGUACAGCGUGGGCUCCAGACGCAGAGCCAUCAGAUGUGCAGUCUGCAGACAGAUCACCUCUCACGCCGAGAUCUCAUACGUGUUCACCACCCAGGCCUCAGGACAGGACCAGGACAUACCUGUACAGGGCAGCCACUCGACCAAGGUGGAGGCCGUGGUCCGGACCCUGAAGAAGAUCCAGUUGAUCGACCCGGGGGCCAAGUGUCUGGUGUUCUCCACGUGGCUCAGUGUGUUGGACAUCAUCUCUAAGGCUUUGUUCGACAACAACAUGGAGUUCUCUCAGAUCAACGGCAUCCACAAGUUCCAGGAUAAUCUGUGCUCCUUUAAAUACGAGGAGCAGAUCAACAUCCUGCUGCUGCCUCUGCACACCGGCUCUAACGGUCUGAACAUCAUCGAGGCGACCCAUGUUCUGCUGGUGGAGCCGAUCCUCAACCCGGCCCAUGAGCUGCAGGCCAUCGGGAGGGUGCACCGCAUCGGGCAGACCAAGCCAACGUUUGUCCACAGAUUCCUCAUUAAAUCCACCAUUGAAGAGAGGAUGCAGGCGAUGAUGAAGACAGCAGAGAAAAGCCACACCACCACUAUGAAGCACUCGGAGGCCGCCGUGCUGACGGUGGCCGACCUGGCUGAUCUGUUUACUGAAGAACAUCUGGAGUCCAUGUGAACACCUGGACACACACACACACCUACAGAAGAUACACACACACACACACACCUGCAGAAGACACACACACACACCUACAGAAGAUACACACACACCUACAGUAGGGUGACCAGACGUCCCCGUUUUCCGGGGACAGUCCCCGUUUUUAUUGGCCUGUCCCCGGUUGAAACUGUCCCCGGAAAUGUCCCCGUUUUUUAAUAUACGUUAAAAACACAUAGCAAGGUGAAAUAAAAUGUUUCAUGUCAGGAAACACUUGGUAAACAGACUGUGGUCAAGCCAACCCUCACGUUGUAUUGCGGUGCGCGAAUAUCCUAUGUAUUACGGUAGAGGCCUGUAAAAACUGCCUUCAAAAUAAAAGCGUUUACUUGGUCAAUAACAAAUAUACCUAAAAAACACACCAAACAUAUUCAUGUUGGAGCUUAAAUUAAGAAAUAUGUACAAUAUAAUGUGAUCAAUAAUAAUUUAAAACAAACUACGUAUAACUACCACAUUAUAACUGAGUGAAUGUAAAAUGUAAGUAUACAGUUAUGAAGACAUAU